UUUGGUUCCUCACACUCUGCCCCUUUGAAGAGCAAAAAUUACUCUCUUCUUUUUCGUCUCUUGUAGUGGUCAUUGAGUGAGUCAAAGCCCAAAUCAACUAUGGCCAUUAUGAGUAUUUUUCUAACACUUUGUCUCUUAGCAUUUGCGUCCAGCGUCGACGCCAGAAUCCCUGGCGUUUACGGUGGUGGGGCGUGGCAAAGUGCUCACGCUACAUUUUACGGCGGGAGCGACGCUUCUGGCACAAUGGGUGGGGCUUGUGGAUACGGGAACCUUUACAGCCAAGGGUACGGCGUUAACACGGCAGCGCUGAGCACGGCGCUGUUCAACAACGGGCUGAGCUGCGGUGCUUGCUUCGAGCUAAAGUGUGCUAAUGAUCCUCAGUGGUGCCACGCUGGCAGCCCCUCCAUUUUCAUCACCGCUACCAACUUUUGUCCCCCGAAUUUCGCUCAAGCUAGCGACAACGGUGGUUGGUGCAACCCUCCACGUCCCCAUUUCGAUCUCGCCAUGCCCAUGUUUCUCAAGAUCGCCGAGUACCGCGCCGGCAUUGUUCCCGUCUCUUAUCGCCGGGUUCCGUGCCGAAAGCAAGGGGGAAUCAGGUUCACGAUCAACGGGUUCAAGUACUUUAACUUGGUCCUGAUCACCAACGUCGCGGGUGCAGGGGAUAUCGUGAAGGCGAGCGUGAAAGGAUCAAAGACUGGGUGGAUGAGCUUGAGUCGUAACUGGGGUCAGAACUGGCAAUCAAAUGCCAUCUUGAUUGGUCAGUCACUCUCUUUCAGGGUCACAGGCAGUGACCGACGCACCUCCACUUCUUGGAACGUUGUUCCUUCGAAUUGGCAAUUUGGCCAGACUUUCACCGGAAAGAAUUUCAGGGUCUGACUCAUUCCUACCCAAUUUCAGAAGCCUUACUACUUACUAAUAUAAUAUAUAAAUAUAUAUAUUUAUAUAUAUAUAAAUAGGUGAAUCAUGUUGAUUUUUCUUGGAAAAAAAGAAAGAGAAAGAAGUAGUGAGAAAAUGAAGGGGAAAGUGUCGUUGGGAUUAGUUAAAAAAAAAAAAAACUAUUUUGACUUUGAGGGAGGAGGACUGUUGGUUGGUCUUAUAUAUGAUCUUAUCAGACUCAGUACUUUGAAUUGAAUGUUUUGAAAAGAGCUGAAGUGGCUUCAAAGAUAGGUGGCCCGCAGCUUUGCUCACUAAGCUAAGCACCAUAUCAAAUAUAAUAUUUAUACACUGUUUUCAUAUUUUGGUCUAUAUAUAUAUAUAUAAAGUUUUGUUAUUUUUCUUUA